GGCCAGUUUAAACAGGCUUACUUUUUUGUUUUGGGUGCACAACUGACUACCGGUACCACCAGGUAAAAAGACUAGACAAGGUACAAUGAGGGUCAGCAUGAUCUGACACUGUAUACUAGUAGCGACAUUAGCGGAGCGGACCAGACAUCAGUGAAUGAUGAUGGGAAUAGUGUUACGCCACACGUGUGCCUGGUGAUAUACGAUACGCGAUAAGACACCACUUGGCCCUGUUCAGGCUCUUGGCUUGGAAACUACUGCGGCCAGUACUGAAAUGACUAAAACUGACUUUAGUAAAAGGUAGAGUAGAUCUACUUAGUGCAGUAGUGAUUGUACAAUCUAGUAUAAGUAACAGUAAAGUAUAACUAUAAGAACGCAGCCAACCAACAAAAUAGGAACGUCCCAGGCUAACCCCUUGGAAACAAAGUAAGUUCUUGGACGCAGGACUCUACAGUAGGAACUAACCUUCUCCUUGUCCUACGCCUACGGGUGCUGUGCCAGUGUGCGGACUAUUUCUUGGUGGACAUCAUUCCCGGAAGCGGCAGUGCUUGAUAUCGGCCGCGGAGCUCCACGACACUCCAGAAAGAAGAACAGGAUGAGUGUGCUAUUUCAGCUCGGUGUUAUUGUGGCCAUGCUGGGUGGAUAUCCUCUAGUCAGCGCAUUCUCCCAGGGAGGUAAUGCAGUCGGCUCUCACUGCAAAGACCUAGCACCUUCUCACACGGGUACAAUGCGGCAAAGUGGUGAAGCACCGUAUAUCAUCAGUCAUGACAUUCCUGCAGGCGGCUACACACCAGGAUCGGACUACACUGUGACUGUAAUGGUCACAAAUAGCAGCAUUCCAAUUCACGGAUACAUUGUCCAGUUUCGAACUGACAAUAAUUUGACAAUCGGUGGUGUAUUCACCAGCUGGAAUUCCUCACUUUCUGCCCAAUUGGAUUGUGACAGUCUUCAGGACUCCAUAACACACUACAACCCACGGAGAUUGGAUUUGCCAGAAAGUAUUUCAUUUGUGUGGCAAGCACCUAUGCCUGGCACUGGACCAGUCCGCAUUUGGUCAAGCAUGGUUUCUAGCUUUGUCACCUAUUGGGUCAAUGGCUUUGUCAGUGACGAGAUUGCUGAAGGCACUGCAGUAGCAAGAACCACUGUACAGCCACCCACUCCGGUUACGAUUUCCUUGACUGGCUGUGGUUCGACUAAAGGCUGUUAUCGCUACCCAUCAGCCUGUGCUACUCAGACAGAAUGCCAGUACAUCUACACACAGCGUGUUAACAAUGAUUAUAUCGAGGUUGAACUGUCAACUAAUGUUGCUGGAUGGGUUGCCAUUGGGUACAGUGUGGAUCGUAUAAUGGGCGGAGUGGACAAUGGAACUGUCUAUAAUCCAGACGACGUACUGGCUUGCCAGUACAAUGGAGACCGAGUUGUUGUGAAGAAUGGCUACAUCAUUGUGUUCAAUAGCCUACGCUGGCACGGCCUGGACAAUGUGACUGAUGUGAGUGUCGAAUUGACCAGUCUAGGGGCGUCCUAUUCCAACGGCAUUCUUGCGUGCAGAUUCCGCCGUAGCCUGUACACUGCCAGUGACCGCGACAAGGACCUUCGGAAACCCUUCCACCAGUUCUACGUGUGGGAUCCUACUCCUGGUGGUGCUCUUGCUCCUCUCCCCUUCCAUGCUACAUAUCGCCCUCGGAUCUCGAGUUCCAUGCAGUUUGCCAACUCCACAGCCGAGCCAACAACACUAGCCCCAAACACAAUGAGUGGUUCAACUACAGUUGCCGUCAGUUUGUCAGCCGCAUUGAUUUCGGUGCUCUUUGCUAUAAGCUGUGUAUGUUAGGCGUGUACGCUUGUGGUACGGCAUAUUAUGACGGAAUAUACGACCCAGCUAACCCUCUUGCAAUACCUCCGAUCUUUGUGGAUAGUUGCUGAACAAGAGCUUCAGAUUUGCCCAUGCACUAAGUGUACGCUUGUCUUUUAACACCUGUGUAGUUUGUUAGUGUCCAGAUAAUGGAGUGUACUUCUCAGUUCUACUACAGAACUAGUGCGUUUUAGUGUUCUACUUCUGCUGGGCAAUGUCUGAAUACCUGCCCGUUAUCGUCCUUAGUUCCGAAAUCUCUUGGAUUCGGAUCGCACCGCUUCUUUCUCCACUGUAUGCGACUUAAGUCCAAAUGCAUUGGGUCUUCCAUGGGCCAAUACAUUGUGACAAAACUCUGUUGCUCACGCUGCUCAUCUCCACUGAACAGAAUUAAGCUGUACACAAAAAUCACAAAAGUUUAAAAUAACAUGCACUGCAUUUGAA